AAAUCUCCAUUGAACAUCUUUUCGAAUUUCAGUCGAAUACUCGAAUUCAUGAAGCUAGCAAAUUGUUAACUUCUAAUCUUCUCCUCCGUAACCAAACUAAGUUUGGUCUAGUGGAAAGGAGAGCACCUUUCAACCAUGAGGUUGGAGGUUCAAUCUCCACUAGUGACAAUUUGGGGAUGAGAUUCCCUUACUUUCCCCCCGCUCUUCCAAAUUGUCUAGCCUAGUAACCAGGACUGGGUUGACCCGUGAGGGAUUCUGGCCCAGUAGGGCCCUUCAUCUUACCAAAGAAAAAAAAAACCUUCUAUUCCGUAUUAUGGCUGAAAAUACAAAUUCAUCCCAACUUACCUAGUCAAAAUGACAACAAUGCCCCUUCAAAAACAGAUGAGAAACUUGUAUUUUCUCGUUAAACCCUUGUUCUCCUGCACAACAGCACAAAGCAUCAAGCUUAUGAGUUAUGCACAAGAACUUGCUUGAAAUUUCAACUCUACGAAUUGGCUUUCUCAAGUUUAUAGUUUUCGCAAAUGAAAGUUCAUACCAUACCGGCGGCACAACUUCCGAAAGCUCCGGCGUUAAUCCGGCGAAAUCUCCGGUGUCCCACUUCACCAAAGUUCCUAACUUUAUCGUCAUUGCAAACUCCAUCGUCAACAACUCACUUAAAAUCUGAAAUUGAGAGCAAAAAACUUGAGUUUCCUACCAAAAAAAUGUUUAUUCUUGGCAUGGGUUAUGUGGGUCAAUUCUUUGCUCAAGAGCUCAAGAAUGAAGGAUGGGAAGUUGCAGGUACUUGUAUGAGCGAUGCAAAGAAAAAGGUUCUUGAACAAAAGGGAUUUGAUACCUUUGUUUUUGAUGCAAUGGAACCAGAAUGGAAGUUCCUCGAUAGACUAAAAUGCUGUACUCACCUUUUAGUUUCCAUUCCCCCAAUUUUGGAUAUUGGUGAUCCAAUUCUUCAACAUGAAGAUACCUUUAAAGAAAGUUUGGUAGAUGGAAAUCUCCAGUGGCUUUGUUAUUUGUCAACUACAAGUAUAUACGGAGAUGCUAGAGGAGCAUGGGUUGAUGAAAAUAAUAUCCCUGAGCCUUCAAGCAAUUUAGCCAAAAUGAGACUAAAGUCAGAGGAAGGGUGGUUAAAGCUGGGACAAGAUCUUGACCUCUCAACCUAUGUAUUUCGACUUGGUGGUAUAUAUGGCCCUGGAAGAAGUGCUAUUGAUACUAUUCUAAAGAAGAAAGAAAUGUCAGAACGUCAGAAGAGGAGAGCAACUAGAAAUUUUACAUCCCGGGUUCAUGUUGCAGACAUUUGUCAAGCUCUUAAAGCAAGCAUUUCAUUGCAUGUCCAGAGGAAGAUUUAUAAUGUUGUUGACGAUGAUCCUGCCUCUAGAGCCGAAGUCUUUGCCCUUGCGCACCAACUGAUAAAGCAAAAAUGGCCUGGUCUGAUUGGUGCUAUUGAUAACUCUAUCAAUAGCAUACUUCUUGGGGGUGCAGAAAAACGAGUGAGCAAUGCUCAUAUCAAGAAAGAAUUGGGCGUAAAAUUAUUGUAUCCUAGUUAUAGAUCAGGGCUCCAAAGUCUCAUAGACAAUAUGGAGGAUCCUCUUGUACGUAGUGAUUAAUUAAUGUUUGUAAUUACCCUUUCUAUCAAUCAUAAAGAUAGAAGCCCCUUUUGGCAAUUAGAGGUUAACUACUUGUAGUUGGCUGGUUUUGUUAGCUAGUUCAGUUAUUGUAUUUGUUGUUUGUGUGAUACUGCUGUGUAAUGGGGAAAGUUACAUUUUUCUUUUUUUUUU